ACCACCUCAGCCACCAAAUUGGCGCCAUUUCUGAAACACAGUGUGAGAGAGUCUCCACUGUAAAACGACCAUGCUCCUCGCACCACCCGGUUGCCUCCUCCCGCUUCCUCGAAUAUACAGACCCAUCUCGCCACCGGUCCGAACUCGGACGCCGCCGACGACUCGGCUGUGCUGUAGAGCGAGUCUGAUCACCAACUCGGACUCCUUCGAGGUGGGCCGACUCAUUGGCAGCUAUGGCUUCAUGAACAUCACUAGCUUUUCGGGAUCUACAUUGGGCGCGGAUACUGAAUACUCUUCCGGAGAAUUGGGGCGGUUGAGGGUUCAAGACGUAGGAGAGGGCAGUGUAAAGAUCAGGCUAUAUGAUGGGAGAGUUACUCAGGGUCCGUUGAAAGGGGCUUCGGUGUUUUUUAAGGUUUAUCCUGGAAAAAGGACCGGUGGAAAUGAGGCUGAUAUGAUGGCUGCCAAUGAGCUAAAUGCACACAUAUCCCUUCAAUAUAGUUCAGAUGGUAUCUGCCAAAAUCUUGUGACACUCAUAGGUGGGUUUGAAACAAAAACUGGGGAGCAGUGGCUGGCUUUUCGCAAUGAUGGGAAAUAUAAUGCUGCAGAUUAUGCAAAAGUUAUGAGUGAAAGAGUUUCAAAAAGCCGUGCUGGAGGAGGACAGGUUUGGAAUAAGUUUGAACAACAGGAAACAAUCAAACGCAGAAGAUACUUUGUUACCAAGUUGCUUCAGGGUACGAUGAGAGGUCUAGCAUACAUGCAUGAUCAUGAAAGGUUACACCAGAGUCUGGGACCAGCCUCUGUUAUUCUUAACACAAUUGUAGAGAGAGAGGCCAUAUACUUAGUACCACGACUUCGGGAUCUAGCCUUUUCUGUUGACAUUAGGUAUUCAAAUCUAGAAGGGAGGCCUGGACUGCUGUCAGAGGGACUUUGGAGACGAGCAUCCACUGCCGGUGCAUUCACUCCCAUGGAUAAAAGAGCAUUUGGACUAGCAGAUGACAUAUAUGAAGCAGGUCUAUUCUUUGCAUACGUGGCAUUUGUUCCAUUUUGUGAAGCAGGCACAAUGGAUGGUCUUUCAUUGCAAAGACUUUUGGAGAGCACUUUCCAACUUGAUCUUGGAGCAACAAGAGAGUAUUGUUUAGCAGAUGACAGACUGUUAGAUGCUGUGAAAUUCCUAGAUCUUGGAGAUGGUGCUGGUUGGGAGUUACUCCAGGCAAUGCUGAAUCCUGACUUCCGCAAACGGCCAACGGCACAAACUGUACUCAAUCAUAGAUUCAUGACGGUGGGAGUACUUUGAGAUUACCACAGAACUUGACCUACUGUUUCCGUUGUACGAUAGACAUGGAUCAUCAAACCAUCUUGAAUUCAUAUUUGCUUGGCACCCAUCUGUAUAUAUGCUUGAGUGAAGAUGAUUUAGCAAAUGUUCUUUGCUUUUGUAUUGAUUGGUUUAGCCAAUUAACUUGCAAUUGCAGUCUAGCUAUUCAAAGUGACAAAGCAGAUCUGGAUAACACAUUCUCCAUUCCUAUUCAAAGUCCUUUGUAUUUAGGAGAGAACCGGUUAAGGAAUCGCUGGGGAAAAGAACGUGUAACUUGAUGACCUCUUUUUUGUACGCUGUCGUGUGCACCCUAACUCAUAUUCCCUAGUGGUCAGCAUGGAGAACAUUACACUCAAUUGGUACUUUGACAACCACCGCUCUGCCUCUUCCGGUUGGGCGGAGUCGCCAUCCUCCUCUCCAACUUCUCCUCCGACCGCCGUAGCUCCAAGUACCAACUCAUGUACACUAUCUGAACCUACAUAGGCUCAAAGGACAGGGCGUUCCAGUUUCAAUUUAUAGUUCCUACUUGUCAUAGGAAGAGUGUGAGCACAAGUCUAGUGUAACAUUGUAACAAGGAAACAAGGAAAGUCGACUUCGGGUUUGUGUUUUCCUAAUCCUAAGUGGAACAGAAAUGGGGUGUGUUUUUCUUAUAAUAAUAGGU